AAUCCAGCAGACCUCCUCAAAAAGAUGUCAAAAGUAAAAUUGUCGAAUACAGAGAAUAAGGCUCCUACUCCAAAGUUUAACAGGUCAUGGACUAAAGAAGAAAAGUCAAGAACAGGGUCUGAGAAA